GCCAACGACCGGGCCAGCAAAGUGCUUGUCAUGGAGUACAACAUAAGUGGCUUGGUGUCGAAUGUGUCGACUGCGCUGCGGCCAGAGGCGCGCCUGGCAGCCGAGUCCAGGCUGCUGGGCUGGAAUGUGCCGCCGGAGGAGCUGCGUCACAUACCCGAGCACUGGCUCACGUAUCCGGAGCCGCCCGAAUCGAUGAACUAUCUGCUGGGCACACUCUACAUAUUCUUCUCGCUGAUGUCGCUGAUUGGCAACGGUUUGGUCAUCUGGGUAUUCUCGGCAGCCAAGUCGCUGCGCACGCCCUCCAACAUACUGGUCAUCAAUCUGGCCAUCUGUGACUUCCUCAUGAUGUCCAAGACACCAAUCUUCAUCUACAACAGCUUCAAUCAGGGCUUUGCCUUGGGAAACCUCGGCUGCCAGAUCUAUGGCAUCAUCGGCUCCUACACGGGCAUUGGAGCGGGCGCCACGAAUGCAUUUAUCGCCUACGAUCGCUACAACGUGAUCACGCGGCCCAUGGAGGGCAAGAUGACGCAUGGUAAGGCCAUUGCCAUGAUCAUCUUCAUCUACAUGUAUGCCACGCCCUUUGUGGUCGCCUGCUACACCGAGACUUGGGGUCGCUUUGUGCCCGAGGGUUAUUUGACGUCCUGCAGCUUUGACUAUCUGACCGAUAACUUUGACACCCGCAUGUUUGUGGCCGUCAUAUUCUUCUUCAGCUUCGUCUGCCCCACCACCAUGAUCCUGUACUAUUACAGCCAGAUUGUGGGCCACGUCUUCAGUCACGAGAAGGCGCUGCGAGACCAGGCCAAGAAGAUGAAUGUUGAAUCGUUGCGCUCCAAUGUGGACAAGAACAAGGAGACGGCCGAGAUAAGGAUUGCCAAGGCGGCGAUUACCAUCUGCUUCCUCUUCUUUGUGUCCUGGACACCGUAUGGCGUCAUGUCCUUAAUCGGCGCCUUUGGGGACAAGAGUCUGCUGACUCCGGGUGCGACAAUGAUCCCGGCCUGCACCUGUAAAAUGGUAGCCUGCAUAGAUCCUUUCGUGUAUGCCAUAAGUCAUCCCAGAUACCGCUUGGAGCUACAGAAGCGAUGUCCUUGGCUCGCCAUCAGUGAGAAGAAUCCCGAGUCCACCUCGGUGGCUUCCACGGCAACCACACAGGAGCCACAGCAGACGACGGCGGCGUAACCUGUCCCAAAAGGAUUUAACUGAGAAUUCCGAUAACGAUACACGCACUGAAAACGUAAUAUAAAAUGCCAGGACUAAAGCUAUAACAAAAACUCAACAAAAAAAAAAAGGAAAACAAAAAGCAGAGAACAAGAUUCUCAUACAUAUACAUACAUAUAUUUGAUAAUUAUGAUUUGUAGUAAUUUCGUUUUGUCUGUUAUCCAAUAAAGCAAAUAGUGAAUUAUUGCAAGCAAUGAAUGGAAAAAGUGAAA